AUGGGCAAGAAGAGACGUGGACCCACCUUGGAAGAGGUUAUCGCUCGUCCGUGGUGCUACUACUGCGAACGCGACUUCGACGACCUCAAAAUUCUCAUAUCCCAUCAGAAGGCGAAGCAUUUCAAAUGUGAGAGAUGCGGACGGAGGCUGAAUACCGCAGGAGGAUUGUCGGUGCAUAUGAGCCAAGUACAUAAAGAACAGCUGUCGGCCGUUGACAAUGCGCUUCCUAAUCGAUCUAGUCUUGAUGUCGAAAUCUUCGGCAUGGAGGGUGUCCCGGACGACAUUAUCCAAACUCAUAAUCAACGGGUGAUGACCCAGUUCCAGCAAGCGGAGGCGGAGCGGCAGGCCGUGACGGGAAACCCUCCUCCAGGAACCGGCGCUGGCGGCCAACCUGCGAAGAGACCGAAACUCGAGAACGUGUCGGAUCUGAAGAAGCGAUUGGCCGAACACAAAGCCAAAAAGGCGGAGACUCGCACUGGAGGGAGCAGUGGCGAGGCGACCCCCGUGGGCGCGGGACAGACACAGAAUCUCGGUGGCUUUGGCCAGCAAGCUGCAAACGCGGCAGUCGCCCCGAACCAGCAGUACUCGUAUCCCCAGCCAUACGGAGGAGGUGCUGGCUCUCCUUACCAACAAACGGCAAGUCCAGUUUACCAAACAUUCUCACCAGGCGGGCAGCCGCAGGUUCCCCCUAGUACGCAAACACAGUAUACUCCUACAGGGUACUCGCCACAGUCGUUCCAGCCCACACCGGCACAGCCUGCGUAUGGAAGCACACCUUCUCCGUUCCCGCCCCAACAGCAUCCGCUUCCUCAGACAAAUACACCCCCCCAGGCCGCAGCUUCCGGGCAACGGCCUCCCAGCUUGCCGGCGGCCCCGAGUCUUCCCCAGCGACCCAUCGUUGGGGCGCCACCGGUCAAUGCCUACCAGAUGCAGCAGAUGCACAUGGGCCAUGCGCCACCCACACCUGGAGGUACGCCACAAGGUGUUUCCAAUGGUGACAGACCCGCAGGAACCGGAGCGACGCCGAUCGCAUCAUCCAUCGAUGACCUUAUCUCGGGAGCGGCCAAAGAAGCGGACCAAGCGGUGGCCAACACAGCACCCGCCAAGGAGGCGACCGAAGAGAAAACCAGCAAGAAAGACAAGUCCAAACAGGCCAAGUUGGUAUAUUCUGACAAUGAAACUAGUCCGGAGGAGAAGAUGGCCAAGUUGUCAAGGUACGCAUUCGUUCCUGACCGCCGCGGGGAAACGGCACUUGAGGAGCUUCCUUCUUCUACAGUAGUGGGAACCAUCCGAGAAUCGGACACGGUUGUCGACCCUACGGACUAG